CGCAUCCCAAGCUCUGGAGGAGAAAAAUAAACAGAGCAAUGCUCUGGUUAAAUGUUAUCGGACACGCCCAACAGGUAGUGAUUAGCAUUCUUUGAGAACAGGACCACACCCCAGAGCACAUAUUCAGGAAGGACCUGCAUUACAAUGCUGUCUUAGCAGGUGAAAGCUGGUUGCAUCGGGUGCUGGAGAAUCCUUCUGUUUUUUCUCAAAUGGUUUUUUGAAGAUGUCUACUCUUGCCAGCAUGAAUUUAUGCUGGAGAUGCUGAACAUUUACUGAAAAAGCACAGAUCCUAUUUUAAACUAUUUCCAAAUAUGGGACAGGUGCAGUCUCCGGAGCCUGUCCAGGAGAGCAAGCCUGAUGUCCUCUGUGAUGUUUUCAGCCAAGGUGUAGUGCAUGCAUCUCAAAGACUGAAAGAGUACUUGGGGUUCGAAGAUCCACAGAGCAAACUGCAGCCCAGCACAGACACGCUUAAUGAGAUUUUCCUUGUCAAUUUUAUCUCUUUCUGCAUGGAGAAAGGUGUGGAGGAACACAUUACCACAAGCAAGAUGACAAAACAACAGUCUCUGCUGUUUGGAGUGGACUGGAUAUGGACCAUUUUUGGGCCUGACAAAAAUAUCAGGCUCCAGUUUACUGUUCAAACGUGUCAGCUGUCGGAUUCGGCAGCGAAUGAGAAUUGUCAGUCAGAGCAGCCCUGUAGAAAUGGAAAAGAGACCGCCAAGUUGGAUGUGCUGUAUAAAAACAAGGACAGGUUUGAGAAACUAGAAGAAUUUUGUUCACUGGUCGGACAAGACUGUGUGGGACUUUUCAUUGUGUUUGGACUGCCAGGAAAGCCAAAGGAAAUCAGAGGAGCACUAUUGGAUAGUGUCCAGACCAAAAAGGGUAAAAAGUCAUUGCCUGGGGAUAGUUUGGUGAAGGAUUAUAUUAUGAAUACAGAGUCGUUUCUUUCCACACGAGAGAUUCUGGAGCACUGCUUGAGCAAAAAGAAUGGUCUCAAGAAUGUGGGAAAUGUUUACAUCAAUUUCCUUUAACCAGUUUUUUUCCCCCUUUUUGGUAUAUUGAAAUUUAAUUUAGGUAACACUUUUAAUCCCUCAAAGUUGGUGUUCUACUUUGAUUUGUGACUUUAAUUUCAAUUUCAAUUAAAUGGUUUGACUUGUGUGGUAUCCAGUUUCACUGCCAAAUGAUACUUGCAUUAAUCAGCUAUUCAAAAGAUAUUUCCUUCAAGUAUGGUUUUCCCCACAAAAAUAUUGUGAACAUAAAGUAUAUUACCAUGAAAGCAACAAUAUUAAAUCUUUUGUUUAAGUAUGUUACCAGGGAUUUAUGUGCUGCCAAGUGGACACAAUUUAUACAGAUGUAAAAACGAAUUAACACUUUGCAUGUAUAUUUGAAUAACAAAUGAAUUGAGGUAAACUGUAUUGGUGAACUAUUUACUUUUAAACUUGUUUACUGACUGAAAAGGGCCUGUAGAAAGUUUACAAUACUUAAGAUACAGAAGGUCUUUGACUUGGUUGAAAAAACGCACUUGUUUGUAGAGUAAAUGCCGAGGUGAAUUAUUAUUAUUAUUAUUAUUAUUAUUAUUAUUAUUAUUAUUAUUAUUGUUAUUAUUAACAAUUAAGAAGCUAAAAGAAACCAAGCAAACCUUGCUGUUGUGAAGUAACGAUUUUAGUAGUUGCCACCGCUUGGAACGGGCGCGUUUGUGUUGACGUGAUUCACCCGCAGCAAGCGAUGGACAGCAUAAACUCCCACACAAUAACCUGACAUUCAAAAUGUUCCCUAAUCACCAGUACAGUAAUCAAAACAAAUAAAAAUCUUUAUUAAGACACUCAUUACUCUAAUAAAAAAGAUGUAUUAAAAGCUAUGAAUGUAAUAAAAAGCAAGUGCAAAAAGGUACAGUACAGGUAGGCUACAUUACUGCAAAUUGUUUCCAGCGAAGAACUCUGUGAUACGCAUCUGGACGAUCUUUUUUUGCAAGUAUGGAUGGCAAACUUUCAGCGUUUUCUAAAAAAUCCCAAUUCGGUCUCUAUCCGCUAUUUCAGGCAGAGCGUCCUGGUCGUUAAGGUUACACAGCUGAGAAUUCUUCCUCUGACAUCCCCUAAGCGAAAACAUAAUUCUAUGAACAUGCUUAACAAAUUAAUAUCCCAAAAGCAUGUAAUUUUUUUAAAACAUUUUUUUACUGUCCGUUAAUUAACAUUAGAACCACGUGGUUAUACUACCUAAAUCUCUAAAACCCUGAUCUAGACAGCAUUCAGAACUGGGCAGACACAUGGCAAAUUACUUUUAAUAAAGAAAAGUGGAAGGUACUGCACACAGACAAUAAAAAUGUCCAUUAUAAAUACCAUAUGGGAGAUACUGAAAUUGAAGAAGGAAUCUAUGAAAACGAUCUAGGAGAUUAUGUUGACUCAGAAAUGUCUUCAUCUAGGCAAUAUGGGGAAGCUACAAAAAAGGCCAACAAAAUGCUGGGAUAUAAAGUGAAAAGUGUUGAAUUUAAAUCCAGGGAAAUAAUGCUAAAACUUUACAAUAAUAAGACCUCAUCUACGAUACUGUGUUCAGUUCUGGUCACCUCGCUACAAAAAGGAUAUUGCUGCUCUAGAAAGAGUGCAAAGAAGAGCAACCAGAAUUAUUCUGGGUUUAAAAGCCAUGUUGUAUGCAGACAGGCUAAAAUAAUUUAAUCUAUUCAGUCUUGAACAAAGAAGACUAUGUGGCAAUCUGAUUCAGGCAUAUAAAAUUCUAAAAGGUAUUGACAAUGUCGACCCAGGGGACUUUUUAGACCUGGAAAAAGAAACAAGAACCAGGGGUCACAAAUGGAGAUUAGAUAAAGGGGCAUUCAGAACAGAAAAUAGGAGGCACUUUUGUACACAGGGCGUCCGGAACCAAUACCCAGUAAUGUUGUUGAAGCUGACACCCAGGGAUCCUUCAAGAAGCUGCUUGAUGAGAUUCUGGGAUCAAUAAGUCAAUAAGCUGCAAACAACCAAACGAGCAAGAUGGGCCGAAUGGCCUCCUCUUGUUUGUAACCUUUCUUAUGUUCUUAUAUAAAAAAAUCUUGCGGCUACAUUAUUGUAUUUUGCCAGUAUUGCAUGUACAGUUGUGUAAUUUACCUAUAGAAUACAGUGAAUUAGCAGUACAUAUGGUAAAACGUUUUGCAUCUCCCUAUAUAAUUUUUUAACAAACGAACGAAGCCUGCUGAAUAAUGUUACGUUAAUAUAUUGAAUUGCAAUCGUAUUUGCACCCCCCUCCCCCACCUGACGCCUGCCCUGUGUUCGGCAGUGGUGGCCAAUACCUGAUCUCAAGAAAUUUUUGGUGGAUCUUGGGGCAAAUCUGCCUGGAAAUUUGCUGUUAUUUUUGGUUCCACGUACCUGGGGAAGACUACAUUUUCAGCACUGACCGACCUGCAGUUAAAAAAGCACAAAAAGCUUUCUGAUCACAUUCUUGAGGCUCAGUUUUGUUGUGCUGUAACAUCUUUUGAGCCUGAGCUGGAAAAUGGUCAAAACCAAAGCAUGCAAAAAUUUGCACUAAACUUUAAACAAUUGUGCUUUUUUAUGCCACCGUGUUUAGUUUUCGCAGAAAACAAAAACGGGACACAUUUGUCUACUUGACUAAGAUGUUU